GGGGAUUUCCUCUGCUAGUUUCACUUCACAGAUGUUGAUACAACUUGGCUGUUUUCUGGGACAGAUCUCGUCACUUCUAUCCUUACAUUACCCCGGACAGUCCGGAGAAGGAACGUUUUCCUGCGCAGCCCACCUACAGCCGCAGAACGGAUCACCACCAAUAGAAGAUGUCCCCAACAAGGACAGACAGAUAUGAGAGGAUGACCCUGAAAAUAAGGAUAAACGAGAAGACAAUUGAAAUCGAAGCAGAGCCAGAUGAUUGCUCUUUCUAUACGAUCCUUAAUGACUACCCAGAAAAAGAAGAAUUGAAGAAAUUCGAUAGGUUCACCCUGGACACGGGUACUGAGAAGAUACCUGGAAGGGUCAUUAAAGGAAACAUGCAUUUUAAUGACAUGUCAACUACAGGGAAUAUUAUUUUUGUAGAAAAUUACCCAACCAACAUAAUAGGAUGGCACCAACUUAAAGAUAUGGGGCUCCUGAAAGCUAACAAAAACAGACAGCAUGUCGUCGAUGUACCCCCAGUGGUUAUUAGUGAUGAGGCAAAGCCAGGCUAUGCGCAAGAGGGAUAUUUGAAAUGGCACCUGAUUGGUGAUGCAAAAACGGUGAUAGCAAGCUGGGUGAGGAGGGGAAUAAUUGAGAGAUGCAGCAGUGAUUAUAACUCAUCUGUUAGGCUUGCUCUGAAGCCCAAUGAGAAGGUCAAAAUUAUAUUUGAUUAUUCUCAUUUAAAUAGUUGUAUAAUACCAAUGCCUUCCAGAUGGGAGCUGGACAGACAUAAAGUGAUCGCAAGUGUACCACUGGGUAACUUUUAUUCUGUAAUAAAGUUGUACUAUGGGGAAUGGCAGAUUCCUUUAGACACAAACAGCAAGUACAAAACCGCCUUCACCUUUCUAGGCCAGCAGUAUGUCUGGAAUCGUCUGCCUGGAAAAUUUCGGAAUAAAAAUGCCAUACUUAGCAAAACUCUCGGACAGAUACUAAAUAAACUGCCCCAAAAUGUCAGAAAACAUGUCAGCUAUUUCGUAGACAAGAUGCUAAUAUCUGCAGAUACCAAAAAAGAAUGUGGCCACUUCACAAACCUGCUCAGGAGCCACCUGAAGGACAAUGGCUUUGAAAUGCAAGAAACGGACACGGACGAUCAGAUUUGCCUGCCUCAAGUUGAAUAUUUAGGAAGAGAAGUAUUUCCAGAGGGAAUUCGACUUGGUGAAAGCUACCUACAGAAAGUACAAAAGAUUGGACCACCAAGAAGUGCUAAAGGGUUAAAGUCAAUCCUUGCAACGUUAGAAGAUGCAAGAAGAUUUACCUCAGGAUUUGGUGUUUACACGGCCGAUUUAUAUAAAUUACUAAAUAAAACUGAGAUUUGGUCUUGGCGUGGUAGGCACCAGAGUCUACUGAAUGCGUUGAUACGUCAAAUCUUGAAAAACAGGUCAGUAGUCCCUGGACUGAGAGAAGGCGACCCAUGCAUUGUUCAAGUUUUUGUCAUACCCAAUGAUUCCUGGAUGGCAGAGGUCUUCAAUGCUGCUGGGAAGCGCUACUUAAGUGCAAGUGGCACAAUUAAACCCGUAAAAAAACAAGAGACAUUAGGAAUGAAGGAGCUGAAAGCCAUGAAAGAAGCUUGGAAAACAAUCAGCAGUGAAAUGAAAGGCAGAGAGAUUAUAUGGGAAGUGGAAAGUCCAGAAGUAGAAGACCCAAGCAGUGUUGAACUACACAAAAGCCUAGACCUGUCCUGCCUUACUCCACCCCAACAUAAAAUCAAAGUGGUCCCUUCCAGUGGUCGGCUACUUCCAAUUAAGUGGCCAGUGCAUGUUUGAAAAUAGAGCCUACCUUUUACGGAUUGUCUCCGUCUUACUAUUGCCUUUUUGCCCAUAAACAAGAGGAGGACCUCUGUUCGGUCCUUUGGACGACUGUAAUGUCCUUUUUAGUCCAAUGGCCCCUAGUUGAGAGGCCUUUUUUUUUUUUAAACAAAGGGGCAGAUUCAGGUAGAAGUGCGGCGGCGUAACGUAU